CAGCUACACGGAGACGAGGGUAUGGAGGCCUGCGCCGAGUGCGGCGUGCCGGCUCUCCGCGUCGUGCACGUGCCGGCGGCGGCACCGGGAGAGGAGCGCGUCGAGAGCGUCUUGGUCGGUGGUGAGAGGGCCUCGCCGUCGGCAAAGUCGCGGGCCGAGGAGGUGCUGGCGCAGGCUCCCCCGAACUUUGCGGCCGGGGUCCUGCUGGACACCUCGGUGAAGGGCGUCAAGGGGGGGACCGGCCUCCCGUUCGACCACGAGGUGGCCAAGCUUGUCGGCGAAGCGGGGGUGCCGGUUAUCGUCGCGGGGGGGCUCGACCCGGACAACGUGGAGAUGUGCGUGAUCUUCACGGAGAGCUUCGGCGUGGACGUGUCGAGCGGGGUGGAGGAGGCGAAGGGGGUCAAGAACCCCGGGGAGGUAAAGAGGUUCAUGGAGCAGGCGCGCCUUGCGCACAAGGACUUGACUGCCAAGCUGAAGCAAGAGAAGGAGGAGGAGGAGGAGGAGCAGGGGGAGAGAAUAUGAGAGGGGGGGUCGUUUUGCUGGAAGGCGAUAGUUUGGGGGGAGGAGGAGAAGGAGGGGUGUGGUGGUGCUAGAAGACGUUGUUUUAACUUCGAAGUAUACGGUAUGGGGAGGAGGAGGAGGAGGAGGUAGCAGAGAAUAUGAGACGAGUGUUGUUGUUGUAGGAGCGUUAGAGAUAUACCAUACGCUAUGGUAUCCGCACCGUGAAGGCUUGUUUUGCGCACGAUGUACCUUGUGGUAGGCAAUAGACAGGCGCGUCUUCUUGUACAGGUCAUAGAUUUUAGUCGGGCCCGGAUGGGUGGGUUGGUGCUCUGGCAGAUUGUUGUGUACGCGGAAGGGAAGGCAAUGACUAGAUACAUGAGUCUUGGAAGCUGUUGGUUGGUGUAAGGAGGAUUGGGAUUAUCGACAUACAUGCGUAGAAGGAAUGCCUGUUUUUCUGUGGAAGGGAGGAAGAGGAGCGCGAGAUACGAACCCCAGUGAGUCUUGGCAGCUGUUUCCUGACAUGAAUUUUACUGCAUACAACGGCUAUCAAUCUCUCUCUGUAGGGGGCAUGUAGUUGUUCUAGUGCAGUCGUCCUCUCUUGUGAUGGUAAGAGCCACGCGUCCCCUCCCACCUUCGCUUGUGAUGUGCAAUGCAGAACGAACGAUGAAAUACCACUACUUUUACCCGAUGCCGAUUUUGGUGAACGCUUCUAUCAUCCAUAUUUAGCCUCUCGUGUACGGUGUUUAGAAGCCGAAUCAAACCAUUGGACUAGCUAACUGUAAUAGUAUUGGUUUGAUUACGGCUUGUACUAAAGUUUGUGAAGCCGAAACCUAGUCAGCGCUGACUAGUCUAAUGGUUUGAUUUCGGCUUCUAUAGGUGACCACUCGAGGAUUACACCGGAUGGGCAAGAAGUGAAUGAAAGGGUGGCGCUCUGCCCGUCCGUGUGCACGCGUGCCUGCGUAUGCAUGUACAUGUAUUUGGUUGUGUGAGGAGGAUUGGGAUUCUACACAUACACGCAUGCGUACCAUAGAAGGACCGUCUGUUUUUCUGUGGGAGGAAGUACAUAGUAUGCCGCUCAACCAACGUUUUUGCUCCAAACGCGGCGGCCUUCUAUGGGCUGCAUCAGAAUCGUUCAUGCACCCAUCCCCCCCUGAUGAUUUCGCACUGUUAACGAGAACAUGGGUGAUAACUGGUUUUGUUUUGUGACGAAAGGCUACGGGCUUUCGUCAUCAUUCCCCCCUCCUGAGCUUUUCAUGCGAGUCGUUACAUUUCUUGAAAAAACAUUUAAGCCAGGAAAACCCCACACUUGUUGUUGUUGUUGUUUCUCACAUUAGCUCUAAAAAAGAAAGAUUGGGAGCCCGUGGUCUCAAAACCCGGCAUACACGACCCCACGAAGAAACAGAAAAAAGUAGGGUACAAAAACCACUCGGAAGAGAAACAAAAUGAUAGAAAGAAAGACCAGCUACCGCACCAAACGAGAAAGAGCGUCGAGGAGACCGAUCAAAAUAAAAUAAAAGGAGAACGGGGAACGCUUCCCACACCCGCCUACAACGCCGGAGGGUUCCGUGCCGGGUUCCCGCCGACCAGGCAUCCCCCGCCCUGCACCACACCCCAGGGGGUGCAGCAAGACGGGGGGCGAAAAACCAACACAUAUAUAUUCCCACAAAAAAAAUAAAAAAAUCGAAGGUCAACGUACACCAGUACCUUCAGCAGUGCAGUAUGCACCAGCGCAUUAGUGUAGGGUAGGCACCGCACCAAAGAGGCAGCAGAGGUGGCAGGCAGCCAGCAAAGGAAAAAACAAAAAUAACAAGGAGCUCGAGGUAUCGUCCAAGAUCAUGGUAGAGAGGGCAUGGAGAACAAGAAAGAAAGAAAGAAGAAAAGCACAAAGAGAGGCCGGAGGCAAUACUAAGAGCAUACAGCUUACGGCAGGGAAAAGGGAACACAGGGUGCGACAACAUAUCAGUUGGGCACGUCGUUCGCCGCAAGCGCGGCCUUGGCCGCCCACUAUCAGCACACUAUCAGCAAGCGAACAGAAGCGGGUCUACGAGUGUGUACGUAGUAAAAGAACAAUGUGUCAGCAAAAGCUCCAGGCUCGUAAGAGCGUCGUCAAAGGCAAGGAAGGGGACACUCCUACAGCAAUAGUACUGCCGUAGUACCAGCUGUUGCGCGGCACUCCUGCACAGCAUACUGCUGCUGGAUGGCGACAGCAGUCAUUGUUCAUGAAGUGACAAAAAUACGGAAUUUACUCCCCUUUACAAUGACCCAUCCAGCUUCGAGGGAGGAACAGAACGACGACAUGAUACCUUCGUUUCCCUCGUGUGCCCUUGUCCUGCUGUCUCUCGCUCGCUUUCCCGCCGUCGUUGUGGGGAUCACAGCAGCAGCAAAAACAUUGCAAACGUUGUACCAUUAGCACCUCGCGGGAUGAUUUGACCAAUCAGAUAAAUCCACGACAUGGCGAAAUUGCCCCGCGGGAGUGCCUCUCUUUCCGCAUCAUUUUUUUUCCGUGCUUUGUUCCCUUUCUUUUCACUCUCAAGAGAAGGAGGAUACGAGAGAGAAAAGGUAUAACUGCACGACGCCGUGGCUAGAAGCACGGGAAGGCCUUACGUGCACUGUAAUCAAACGGCGGGGAGGCAGGCGAGCGGGCGGCACGGGCGGCAGAGAUAGCUGUUCCCCGCGGAAGAAGAACAGGCAGGCCGGCAGGCACCGGCGGAACUCAGGAGGUAAAAACGCGUGUCAAAUUCAUCCACCAGACACACCCACCUCCGCUGCUGGAACACCUUCAACUUACCACGGCGUAGUUUCGAGACUUGUGCGAGGGCAUCCCACAGCAGCAGCAGCGGAGGCAGCCGGAGACCGCUCCUACGGGGAGGCCGGUCGGCUCUUGGCCUGCUGCUGCCCGC